AUGCUUGUAAAUGGUAGAAGUUUAGCAACAGAUUUAAUUUCUGAUGCAAAUUACCAACAAAGGUGUAGUGGAAUUGUUUAUUAUCUUAGGGAAGAUGGAUGGAAAGAAUGUUAUGGAAUAUUAAAAGCUAAUAUAUUAUUUAUUUUCGAAUCAAAAAAUAACAUUGAUUGUUGUCCUUAUUUAAUAAUUGUAGAAGAUUGUAUAAUUGACCUUCUUGAUGACAAUCAAACUGGAAAACAAUUUUCAUUUUCAAUAAAACAUAAAACCACUGGAAGAGAAUUUAUUCUUGCUUCAGAUACAUUAUGUAAUCUCCAAAGAUGGGUGUCAGAUUUGACUGUAUGUCCCUUAGACUAUAUAAAUACAAUAAAACAAUCUUUUGAUGAGCAGUACUUACAAAGGAAAUCUUCAAAAGAUAAAAUUGAUGUUGAAAAGAAUUGUUAA